UCGAUGGUUAAAAUGGCGUUUCAAAUUGCUCACAGACAACGAGUGACAAGGCUCUAUCGUCGCUGUUUGAAACAUCUUUUGUCUUGGGCUAUAGACCGUAGUGUGUGGAGGGAAGAAGCCGUUAAAUUGAGGGCUCGUUUUGAUGAACAUCGCAAUGAAACGAAUGCUCGUACUGCAGUGGCGUUAGUGGAGGAGGCAGAGAUGCUGUUUGAGAAGUACAAGCAUCCAGAACCGUACACAUCCCCUGAGGCUCCAGAUGGCAGCAAAUGGGAGCGGAAUAUGCCACCACCGCCUCAUGUACUGGUGAUGACUCCUGAGGAGGAGAAAUGGUAUAAAGAAGCAAGUCAGUGGUGAUCGUCUGAUAGAAAAUUCUGAACUCUGAACUUGUCGCUAUUUGUAUAGUUACCCUCGCACUACAGUACACUGCUAUUUAUAUAAUGACAAAUGUACUUGUAUAUCCAUA